UCGCCUGUCGAUCAGUUAACCGCUAGUCACCCGCGCGCGCGGUGUUCGUUAGUAGCGUUGUAGCGCGCCGUUCACAGAAAAUUCGCAUCGUGCCAAAGUGUCUCCUUUAUUUUCGCAACUGGCAUAGUGUAAAUGAAGGUGCCAUAUAUGAUAAAUGAAUCUAAAAUACAAAACUGACUGUGACAUUAAGCCGGUUGUUAAUUGGCUGCAAAAUGAAUUCCAGCAAAGAGGCGAAGAGCGCCGCGAAGGGACAAAAGAAGUUACAAAAGACAAACAAAAAGCAGCAACAGAAGCAACAGCUGCAACAACAGCAACAACAGCAGCAACAGCCAACCAUAAAUAGUAAUAAGAACGGGAUCUGUAAGGCUGCCACGAAUGCAAAACUCAAGCCCAACGAUUCAAAGGCCAAUAAUCGCAGCAGCACCAACAACAACAAUAACUACAACAACAACAAUUGCAGCAACAACAACAACAUGGUGCACAAGAACAACAAUGCGCAAUCGAUGAGUGGAACAACAGCUGCAGCGACACCAAACAUUACGCAAAUGUUUAAGGAACAGUACGAUGCAGAGCGACGUGCCACAAUGUCACAGGUGGAUUCAGUGCCCAAGAUGGAGCGUACGCAUAGCUUUCGGAUGAAGAUGUCCAAAUUCUUUAACAACUUCACGGGCAGCAAGGAGAAUCUGGCGCGCAGCGACGAGUCCAAAGAUGAGGCGGGCAAAACGCCGUUCACGUUCACGCGAAGUCGUUCAAUGAUAUUGCUUCGACGUCCGAAUCGGCGCAGUUUUAUUGAGCCGCAGCUGGAGCAGCUCUCGGAGGAGGCGGAGAAGUCGGGAGAUCCAAUGAUGCCAGCGUCGCCGCGCAAGAAUUCGCUGGCCGAGGACGGUGCAACCAACACCAGCUGUUCGCCCAUAUUGCGACGCCGUGCGGAGACCUCCAGCUCAAUAAAUACGCCAGCUCGACGGCAGUCCACACAGGCACUGACCUCCACACCCGUCGAGGACUCCGCGGAGGCAUCCAUGCAGCGCAAGCCAUCGCUUAUAUCCCUGACACCUGCCGAAAGCAACUUCAAUCCUCAGCUUAACUUUCAGAAACGUCGCUCCAGCACGCUCAUCGCGUCGUUCAAGAGCACGCUGAUUGGACUGACGGAGAAGCCAGAGAAAAAGGAAAAGAAAGACAAAAAAGACAAGCUGAAUCCCAAGUGGAGCGCCUCGCUGCAAUCGCUGCAAGCAAUUGACAACAUGGUCAGCUACGCCAAUAUGUCAUUCAUUGACUACGACAAGUUCAAUGGCUAUGAGAAGCAGCUGGAGCGCCAGCAGUCCAUCAUGAGUCUAGCCGAGCAGCAGAUGCCCCCCGUCCACACGCUCCAAUCGCCAUUGACCACAACCGCCAGCCAUCCCCACCACUCACAGUUCAGCUCACCCUCGCCCCUGGGCGAACUAAGUGGGAGUGCAGCUGGAGCUGGAACUGUCAGUCUGCCCUUGCCGCGUACGCCCUCCUUCGUGGGCUCCUCUUCCGUGGAGAGCACGCCGAAGACAGUGGUGAUGCGACGCAAGCGAAGCAGCAGCUCGGCGCUCGCGCGCCAGCAGUCCGCCUCGACGCGCAACAGCAGCCAGAGCUCCUUUAACCUGGAUACGGACUUCGAGCACAACCUGGACAGAGUUCACAAUGUCUAUCGCGAAAGCCUCGACUCACGCACCCUGGAGCUGCUCAAUCAGCGUUCGCGCAACUCCUUCAUUCAGGACCAGCCAAUGCUCUUCGACGCCCUCAACCUGGAGGAUGGCUCUGCGAAUCGGCGCUGUGCGCUCUGCGCCCAGAGUGUCGCGAGAGCCAACAGCUUCAAGCAACAGCGGGACGCGGUGGACGGGCGCGGGAAGCCCAAAAUACAGGUAAUUGAAAUCCAUAUGGCAUACUCCAUCCAACAUAUUUAUGCGCGCGCGUGUGUGUGUGUGUGAAGACGUAACGCAGCGAAGCGAGCAACAAAUAAUUUUUCAAAAUAAAUGUACGGUAAGAGGCAGGCACUCGCUAUAAGGAAGAAAGCGCGCAAAAAGUAUAAAUAAGCCGAUAUCAAAAUGCUUUUAAACUAACUAAGGUGAGUAAUGGCCGGGGAUACGC